AUGAUUCGGUUCGACCCCGAUGAGAGCUCUGAAAUGAGCGAGGAGAAGCGGUUUUACUAUCUGAGGUUAAUGGCGAAACCUGGUGGAAAACCGAUAAAGACCAAGUUUGUGACGUGGUCUCGCGAUGAGGAUGUCGCAUCGGCAUCGAAUAUUAGUGAUCAGCAGUUGGAGAGUCAGGCAAUGCGUGUUGUACGAACAAUUGGACAAGCAUUCGAGGUUUGCCACAAAGUCGCACAAGAUCAGAUGCAAGAAAAACACGAAGACGAAGCAGCGAAAAGCAAAAUAUCGAUGCAAUCCGAAGACGAAGCCGGUCCCAACGCUCUCGAUGUCAUUGAAGAGCGAGGCGGACGCGAGGAAAAUAGUAGGAGCUCGUCGCCAAUGGAACCGCCACCAGUCGGAGGACCACUUUAUGGGAAGCGAUUAUCACUGUUCCAACCUCGUAAACCGUCCACCGCAAGUUCCUCCGGUGGAACUUGCAUUGAUACCACUGCAAUACCAGAGAACGUGCUGGAGAUCCCCAAUACUUCGCAUCCCAUUCUCCAACCGAAAGCUCCCGAACUAGUACCCCAGUUGCAACCACAAACCGCACUACCGUACCAACAAAAGCCAGCUUCUCUUCUAAACAUUCAACCGCAGCAAUUCAAUACGCUUCCAUCUCAAAUGCCAAGCACGCAAACAUUGCCCGGCAUGUCUGAAAAUCCAGGACAAUCUCAUAAUCCGAGAAUGAUGACAGUGCCGCCAAACAUGCCUUACCCAUCCGCAACACUACCUCACUCUCGAACGUGGGCGCCACAGAUUCCCUCUUAUCCUCAAUCUAUGCAAUCCUUAGAACAAAAUGUUCCUAUGUAUUAUCCACAAAUGCCAGGUAUGCUUCCUUCCUCUUCCUCGCUCCCAUUUGGACUUUCAUCACCCGUUAUGGUCUCACCGUAUGCAACACUUCAAUUAAAUAUGCAAAGUCAGCAACUUGAUCAGCCGGAUCAUUCGGGCUCACAGAUUACUAUGGAUCAGUACAAUCAGCAACUAAUGCGAUCUCAACUUGACCAAGCUCAACAGUCGGUGCAAGUCGCUGGAUGUCAAGUCCAACUUCUUCGCGAUCAGCUUACUUCUGAAACUACAGCAAGACUGGAGGCGCAGUCCAGGACUCACCAAUUGUUAUCAGCUAACAGGGAUUUGCUUGAACAAGUUCAAAACCUGGUGUCUAGGCUACAAAUGCUUGAAACAAAGAUCACAAGUGAAAUUCAUCACAGUUCGAGUCAGCCUCCACAACAGCUCCCAUCCCAACCAGUAUACCAACCAUCAACAUCUUCCUCCCUUGGUCCUCGAAUGCCUCUUUCAAUCGAUCACAAUGAUCCACGGAUACCGGGCAGCUCAUCCAUCCGACCCAACUACCCAUAUCAAGUACAACCAUUAGCUGAUCUCCGCGCUGGAUCAUUACCUCCAGUCAAAGAAUCAAAAGAGCGACGGAAAGACGAAGGAACGAGGACAGAACCGGAAAGUAAUGCAGAGGACACCACGGACUAUUCAUCAAGUGAUCAGUAUGAGAAGACAUCGAAUGUCAUGAAACCUUCUCACUAUAACAUUCUGAUGUCCAAUCCAUUAGUAGAUAUUAAUGUUCCAUCCGGAGCUGCAAUGAGUCGAAUGGAGCAGUUGGAUUUGGGAAUGGAUACUCAAGGAACAAGUUCGACACCGCCGAAAAAAGAGAAAAAGCCUGCCAGUGGGAUUUUGAGAGGAGAGAACUUUUCAAGAAUGUCCUUCAAUCCAAAACUCGGCAGAGAAAAAGACAGAGAACAACAGCUAAUGUUCGAGGAUCCACUGGAAGAUGAAAGUCCGAGGUCGAUACCACCUAGUCCGCCGACGAAAGGAAAGAACACCACAAUAGACUCAUUAUUCAAAACGCAAGACGACCCACCGACACUAGCCGAUCGAGAACCCCUGCAGUUACCGCCACAACCGAUACCACCGCCAAUAAAUCGAAAGAAUACGACGGUGAACCUGUUGAUGCCAUCAAUGUCAUCAAUGCCAGCAAGUUCUUCUGUUGUUACUGCAAUGUAUCCGCCGAUGCGACAGCCUGCGGUUCCUGUAAACAAGAUCCAACCAAAAGUGGAUGUUUUCCGUAAGAAGACUCUGAAAACAUUGUCAAUGGAUAUAGCCGAAGAGCCAGGACCAAGUGAUAUUGAUCCGAAUCGAAAUAACUUGCCAAGUUCAACGAAUAGUUCUAUAAAACGACGGGGUUUCAUGCCUCCAGCAAAUGUAGACGUCGAAAUCAAAGAGAUUGAAGACUAUAUCAAUCGAAAUGUGGAUAGAUCAAAACUUCCCGAAUCUUCACUUCUAACACGGCUAACUCGACAAGCACAAGGAGACAAUUCACUUGGCAACCUACCCAAUGGAUAUCCACAAUGA